AAGGGACUGAAAGCGUGAUUACAAGCGACCUUCCAUUGAAAGAUGGUAAUGCCGGAUGAUACCACUGAAACCUUUAUAUAAUCAAUAAUGGAUGGUUCAAAAAUGGAAUUGGGUUGUUGGUAUUCUGGCAACAGUCCAUGCUAGCUCUAGUGUAUGUAGUACAGACGAUUCUCCUUUCAAAUCAGUAAUACAACAUUGGAGGUUCAACAAGCAAUUCUUAUUUCCAUCUGAAUUUCAAAAUGCAGAAGCAGAGACUGAUUGGAUCCCUAUACUUCAAAACUUUCUGACCCCAAUAGAAGGGAACAUCAGUGUCCAAUGUCGAGCAGACAGCUUAUUGUACAUGUCUGAACUUAAUGGAUUUCCUAUCGGAGCUUCCUGGGCUUACAAAAUGUUUGAUGCUUCUGCUAAACUGUUACAGCCUAGUCUUCUACAGGGUAACCUCAAGCAGCUUGGGUCUUUUGAUUCCUGUCUAGAGGUGGAAGCACCAAACUUUAUUGGAAAACACUGCACAUUUUCAUUUCAAGAUCCAAACUGGAUGGGGGGUGGAGCUAGAGAAUUUGAGCAGUACACAGCCAAAUAUCAACAUCUGAAGAGAAAAUUGAGAGAAGAAGAACCUUCUUUAUUACAAUAUAUGACUCUUGGAAGAUGCAUUCCAGAUUCAUGCAGUGAAGCAGAUCUUAAGGCUAGUUUGGCUGUCUUCAUGAAUGAAACACAAAUCACUGGGAGUCCCUAUGUUCUUAACUGUCAUUCCAAUUCACCAAAAGAUGCAACAAAGCCAACAACUGGAGAUUACUUCAUGUUUACCAUUAUUGGAUUGUUUUCAAUUGUUAUCAUCAUCGGAACUUUCAUUGAUUUAACCAUCAAGUUCUUUCAAGCAGAUAUCUAUUCUGAGAGAUGCAUUCAGGUGUUCCAAGGAUUCUCAGCAUACAGUAAUAUUGUCAAACUCUUUUCAACCAAUAAUGUUCGUUCUGAUUCUUUGACCUGUAUCAAUGGAAUCAGAUUUAUUUCUAUGACCUGGGUUCUUCUUGGACAUUCAUAUUCAAAUCUUCAAGGAACAGUUCCUGUAGCAAACUUACUAAGUAUGAUGGAGUUAGAUGGCCCAAUUUAUGGAAGUGUAGCAUUCCAAGCUGUUUUAAAUGCAUUUCCUAGUGUUGACACUUUCUUUUUUAUAGGAGCAACACUUUUGGCCUACCUGACCCUUAAAGAGUUGGAUAAAACAAAAGGUGGAAAUGUUCAGUUCUGGAUUAUGUACUAUGCUCAUAGAUACAUCAGACUAACAGGAGUAUAUCUUAUUGUCAUUGGACUUCUUGCUACAGUCUUCAAAUACUUUGCAACAGGACCACAAUCCGUAUUGGUCCUUACAUCUGCAGAGUCUUGCCAGCAAUCAUGGUGGGUGAAUGCACUCUACAUAAACAACAUUUAUCCCCAGUUUGACAUGAGUCAGCCCUGGUGUCUUGGUCAAACUUGGUAUAUGGCCAAUGACAUGCAGUUUUUCAUAAUAUCCCCAAUAUUUAUUUAUGCCAUGUGGAAAAUGCCUAUUGCUGGAUUGAUUAUCAGCUCUGCUGGACUAUUAGCUGGAACCAUAAUCCCAAUGGUUAUUGUCUGGAAGAGAGGAUUUCCUAUAUCUGUGGGCUUCUUGUCAGCUACUUCAGGUGGCAUAGAAUAUUUUAUGGAUUUCUACAUUGUUCCAUGGUGUAGGUUCCAACCAUAUAUUUGUGGUCUUAUGUUUGGGUAUUUACUUCAUUAUCUGAGAGAUGAACCAAAGCUAAAGAUCAACCCUAUCUUUAUUACCUGGAUCUGGGCAACUGCUGGAGCCAUUGGGGCAGUUGUCAUUUAUGGUCUUUAUCCAUAUGUAGAUGAUUUUAUGUUAACUCAAAAUGCAGGAUCCCUUGCGGCAAGAGUUGCAUACAACGGUUUACAUCGACUUGCAUGGAGUGUCUGCAUUGGAUGGGUCAUCUUAGCCUGUGUGAAGGGUCAAGGAGGCCCAAUCAACUCUAUACUAUCAUGGCCAGCUUGGAUACCUCUGGCAAGACUUAGUUACUGCAUAUAUCUUGUACACAUAGAUGUCAUUGCUUAUUUUGCCAGUAUUAUAACAUUUACUGUAUACUCUUCCCACAGUCUUGCUCUGUACUGGAACAUAGCCAUGCUCUGCUUUUCAACUUUUGUGGCUUUUAUCAUUGUAAUAAUGUUUGAGAUGCCUUUAGCACACAUUGAAAAAGUUGCUUUUGCUUCUAUUGGAAUUGGUAGAUACCCAAAUGUAAAGACAUAUCCAAAAGACAUUUAAUAAAAUAAUUCGAUUAAAAUUGUUUCGAGCCAA